UUCCCCUAACGCCGCUCGAGACCACCGAAGGGAGGGGAGGGGGGAGGGGAGAGAAAGGAGCGCGAGCCGCCUUCACGAACUCCCUCCCCACCGCCGGUAUCCCUUCCAACUGCGCCUGCGCGACCAGUCGCCUCGUCUCUUUCCCUCGCCUCGAGUGUCGUUGCAAGCUGCGUCACUUCCGGCACAGUGCUAGAAACGGAAGCCCCGAGAGAGGGGGGGUCCACAAAUGAUAGUAAUGGAAACGAAAGUCUGCAAUUCGUACCCAAGCCUUUUCACAAAAGAUGGGCAGAGUAAAAAAGGACACACACAUAAUGUUCAGACUCAUGUCUUCCUCUCUAACAGCCACGAUUCCGGAAGUUCCGCUAUUUCGUUGAAAAGCGCUCUUGCCUAUAACUCUCUAUGUACUAAGAAAAAGGCCACUCUAGCACUUGGCACCUCUAUGGCUAAAGCUGUGGGCUUUGCUUUGGAAAUAAAAAAGGCGGCGCGGGGCUCAGAGCAGAAACGCGGGCAAGGGGACACGUGUUGCCGUGGAUGCUGCUCAAGCAUUAAUUGAUGAGCUCAGAAGAAAUCCAUGUCCAUCGGAGGAAAUGCGAGACAGAUUUGAUUACUGUGGCUGUACUGACUGUCUGAGAAUGAAGGAGCAUGCAUCUGACAAUGGAAGGAACCGGUCUGUGCCUGGGGAGGGAAGCAGAACUUACACAAAGGACCAGUUAUUGGGGGUGCAAAGAAUAAAGAACAGUAAGAACUACUAUGAGAUUUUAGGCGUGGGGAGAGAUGCAAAAGAUGAAGACCUGAAGAAAGCUUACAGAAAACUUGCUCUGAAAUUUCACCCUGAUAAGAACUGUGCUCCGGGGGCAACAGAUGCAUUCAAAGCAAUAGGCACAGCAUUUGCAGUUUUGAGUAACCCUGAAAAGAGAUUACAGUAUGAUCAAUUUGGAGAGGAAGAGGAGAUUUGCUACACCAAUGUACCCAAGCACUAUCGCUAUUAUAGAGAGUUUGAAACUGAUAUCACGCCAGAAGAAAUAUUUAAUAUGUUUUUUGGAGGGAACUUCCCAACAGGAAACAUACACAUGUUUUCACAUUCAUCCAUGGAUCCCCCAUGUUAUCCACAGCGGAACAGACACGAGAGAACCUGGACACAGGAAGAAGAGGAGGAGGAAACAAGACCUCAGAAUUCCUAUUCAGCAUUUAUCCAGUUACUUCCUGUUUUUAUUAUAAUAGUUGUGUCAAUAGUAACUCAGCUGAUGGCUACAAAUCCACCCUACAGCCUCUUCUUCAAAUCGAAUAUAGGUCACACAGUUGUUAGAGAAACACAGAACCUGCAGGUCCCUUACUAUGUUGAUAAGAACUUUGAAAAUAACUAUAAGGGAGAAGACCUUGAAGAGCUUGAAAAACAAAUUGAAAAAGAUUAUAUUGACCAUAUCCAGACUACCUGCAGGAAAGAAAAGCAACAAAAAUCAGAGUUAUCUAAUUUGGCAAAGCUAUACAGAGAUGAGCGGCUGAAACAGAAAGCGGAAUCCUUAAAACUUGAGAACUGUGAAAAGCUCUCCAAUCUCAUAGGAAUACAAAGGAGCCCCUAAUUCAUAUGAGACACAAGAGGAGAAACAAGCGGUAUUGUCAAGUCCGGUAUGCUAUUGGUAGGAAUUUCAGCUUGGCUCUGUGUUCCUUGUAUAAUUGAGAGGAAAACUGUACUAUAGAGACAUAUAGAGACUUAGUACUGUUUUUAUUAUGUAGUCAGAGCUGUCUGAACUGAGCCAGCAAGGCAGCACCUGCUGCAUUACAUACGGUAUAUUUGGUUCCAAGGCCCAGUAGUAUUCAAACAUUUAGUGAUUCUUUGGAGGUUUAACUAUGUUUGGCAACAGCUUUCGUGUGAUACUGUCCUGCCAUUCAAGUGCCAAACAAAUGCUUCCUAGGAACACAGCCAUCGUGCUCACUGUUCUUGCCAUGAGCACAGAGCCUGCUCAAUUUAGCAUCCAUAAUCAUGAUCUUACACUGUCGUUCCCAUAGUCAUCCAAAGCCACUGUUCAACCUGACUUGCGAUGGAUGUUUGACAGAAGGGGCAUGACUGGCUUUGCUCUUCACUCGUACGUCUAUCAGUGCUUUAAGCGCUAUGGGAUGUAUAUACGCAGCACACUUUGCUAUCACUAUUCUGUUUUAACAGAAUUUGCAAAGAAAGGGCAUUGAAGGUAUGUUGUCUUUGUUAACUUAUUACUAUUUAUUUAUUAUUUAUUUAUCACUUAUGAAGUAUAUACAAUUCCUUUUCAUGGUCUAUGUGACUUAUACUAGUGUGUUUCCCUGUGCUUGAGGAGAAUGAUCUGGAAUAUUCUAAAGCUGAGCUGAUACAUCUUGGUGGGAACCUCACACCUGCAUGUCGAUGCCUAUUCCCUCCAAUUUCC